AUGACUGAGAAUGGAAGCAAACCAGAAAAACUUUUUCAAGAUAUUGGAGAGAUUGUUCAAGAAGAUAAUGACGACGUGAAACCUACAGAAAUUGAAAGUUAUUGCAUGAAUUGUGAACAAAACCAUUGCAACUUCAAUAAUAAUGAAGUUCAAUUUGCAGGAGUAAUUGCUGAGAAAGGUUGUGAGUACAUAUGUGAAAUUAACAAUAAAGAUGAUCUUAAUCGUCAACUGGUGAAAUCAGAAUCAGCAUCUAUCAAACUUCGAGAACUUGAUCUAGAAAUACCCGCAACCACAAAACGGGGCCGUUUAACCACGGUUGAAGGAGUGAUAACUAGUAUAAUUGAAGAUUUAUCAUCAGGACAGCCUGAUAGAAAGCUUAAUGACGAAGAUACAUAUAACAAGAUUGAAGCUAUAAUAAAUAAACUUAAUGAUUAUUUGGAUAACAAAGAAAACUUUACUAUAUCAGUUGAUGAUCCUAGUGGAAACAGUUAUAUCGAAAAUUUGGUUGUACCUAAUCCAGAUCCUAAACUUCAUAUUCGACAUUAUGACCGAACGCGUGAAAUGGAUAUUGCAUUAGGAUUAACAAUUCCUGAUGAAGCAGAAGUUCAUGAUGAAGCUCAUAACGAAGAAGAUGAUGAGGUUGUCCCAGAAGUUAUGACAUUCCCUGCUAAUUGUUCACAUUGCAACGCGCCUAGCGACACGAAAAUGCAUAUUGUGAAUAUUCCGCAUUUCAAGGAUGUAGUGAUAAUGUCAACUACAUGUGACUCAUGCGGGUACAAAUCAAACGAAGUCAAAGCUGGUGGAGCAAUUGCACCUAACGGUAAAAAAAUUACGCUCAAGAUGGAAGAUAUUGAAGACCUAUCACGUGAUAUACUUAAGUCAGAAACAUGUAGUUUAAUAAUUCCUGAAAUUGAACUUGAACUUCGCUCAGGCACACUUGGAGGACGAUUUACCACAGUUGAGGGGUUAUUACGGCAGGUUCAUGAAGAACUUCAAGACAAAGUUCCAUUUGUUAGUGGGGAUAGUGUAGAAAAUGAUCGUAAAGCAUCGUUUGAAAAAUUUUUGGCCAAAUUAAAUAAAGUAAUUACAGGAGAAGCUUUACCAGUUCAUUUGGUACUUGAUGAUCCACUUUCCAAUUCAUAUUUACAAAAUCCUUAUGCACCAGGUAAUGAACAUUUAAGAAUAAUUGAUAAAAGAAUUAUUGUAUUAAUUGAUUUAUUGUAUUAA